AUGUAUAUAUGUAUGUCUAUUCUUGCACUUGUACACAUUCAUGUCGCUGUCAAAAGCAAAUAUAUGCUCAGAGAAGCAGAUCUGAAUUCAAGCAGUCAUAACGAUAAAUGCCUAUGUAUAACGGACGUGAAUCUACUUUGGGGCAAAUAUGGUGACUUCGAUCUACCACUGUUGCGUGAGUAUGGAAGGCGGUCAUUUCCAGCUCUCUGGAGUCGUGUAUUCUUCCCUGCGAUGAUAUUUCGAGAAACGGAAACAGAUUUGCGAGCGAGUCGACCAGCCACUGCACGGUCGAGCUCGAGGAAAACAAACGUUUGCUCCAGGAAAUUGGGUCACCAGUCUCCCUGCAGCACAUUUCACGCAAAGGAGUGGCACGUCACAGUGACCUGGCAUACGCGUUGCGGAAACACGCGCCUACUGCUAGUGACGUUUAUAUUCAGAUCGGCAAUGUCGCAGUCAGAAAAGGACCGUUCAUGA